AUGCUUCGGAUAACGCUUCUCCUAGCGCUCGCGGCACUCGCCUGCCACGGCGCUCCAACUUCCGAUGAUGUAGCAGUCGAUCGGAUGUACAAAAGCGUUAUUGUCGGUGACUACGAAAGCGCUGUCGCUCUCAGCAAAGACAUCGAGAAGCAAAAGCGAGGUGAUGUUAUCGCUCUCGCCGUCAACAAACUGAUCGACGAAAGCCAACGCAACGUUAUGGACUUCGCCUUAUAUCUGUGGAGAGACGCCAAAGAUCUUGUCAAGAACUACUUCCCUCUAGUAUUCCGGAGCAUCCUCGGCAUGCAUUUAGUCAAGUUGAUCAGCAAAAGAGAUAACAUGGUGGUUAAGUUGAACUCUAAAGUUGACGGCGAUGGUGAUAGGAUGGCUUACGGUGACAGCAACCACAAUAUCGGCGACAGAAUGGCCUGGAAGCUCAUUCCAGUCGAGGAUUCCUAG